GAUUUUUAACGCAACAGCCUUGUUAUUAGGCACUUUGAAGACCUACCAGCGAGCAGCCUGCGACGAAGAAUCGAUGACGCUCAAGUGUCCACUAGGUACCACCAUCUCCAUCGUUCUGGCUCAAUAUGGAAGAGCGGGACCAAAUGGUACCGACAGAUGCAAUACCUAUUCAGAACCAUCGAUGUAUCUCGGGGACAGACAAACGAAUCAGACUUGCAUCUGGCCUCAGUCGCUACAGACGGUGGUGGAAGUAUGUCACAAGAAGAGGCAGUGCAAGUUCAACACCAGUCCGAAAACCUUUCAGGGCGAUCCGUGUCCUGGAUUGCCGAAAUACAUCGAGGUCGCCUAUCAAUGCCGUCCUUAUGAGUUCAGAAGUAAAGUUGCCUGUGAGAAUGAUGUCAUCAAUCUUGUCUGCCAUCCAGGACAGAGGGUUGCCAUUUUCAGUGCAUCGUUCGGUAGAACGGAAUACGAAUCCCUUCAAUGUCCACAACCCCACGACGUAAAGGAGGAAACUUGCAUGGCAUCGUACGCGACAGAAACCGUGAUGAAUUUGUGCCAUGGAAAACGACGCUGUUCGGUGGUUGCAAACAGUUCGACAUUCGGUGAACCCUGUAGCCCGGAAAGCAGAACGUAUUUGAAAGUUGUUUACACGUGUGUACCAAGGGCGGUUCUGAAAGAACAAUACCAAGGGGACGUGGAAGUGGACGAGGUGGAUCUGAUGCAUCAGUUCGAGGAAGGGUUCGACAGGGCUGACUUCAGAGCUGAGUUCAGCCCUAGCCCUAACCUUGAAGGACCACAAUCACAGCCGAGGGACAACGUGUCUCGAAAUUUCCCCACGGUCAGCUCAUCUCCACCCAGGGCAAGAACCAACAACGAUGUGGAUACACGAUCGAACAAGUUUAAGUCAGUCGGUGUAGGAGCGAAAGACUCGCCCUUAACACCCACGGUUAUUCAAGGGAUGAUUAUGUUCGACAACAACGUGGCCGAUAUUACCAGCAGUACGAUGUCACCGAUUAAUUGCACCACGGUAGUCUACGCCUUUCCCGAAGAGGAUCGUGUCGUUGUCGGAUAUAUCAAUGAAUGGAUCAAUGCCUAUUCGUUCAUAUCGAAAAAUCAAGAGAAAUUCUACCUUUAUAUCAUCGUGUCGGUCACAGCCGGUAUUUUAAUCUUCCUGGGCUUGGUAAUUGGACGUCUUUUAGUCAGCCGUCAUCGUGCGAAGAGAGACGCAAAGUUCCAUGCAAAUAACGAAGCGCUUCCAAAUGGAUUCACCGAUGACAUUUCGGAAAUUGACGCUGAUAUUGAUCUUACCACGCCAGUACCAGUUCCGAUGCAAGACACAAGGCUUCCAGAGACCCAGCUGGCCGAGAGGCUCCACGGCGAUCGUUACUACGCGGAAACAAGGAUACCUAUGUCGCCCACCACGAUGCAUCCAGCGCCAGGGCAUUACCCUGGCAACACAGGUGUCAGAGUGGACCUGGGCAACCAUAUGGUAGGCACGGACAGCCUCCACACGAUUCUACGCCCGGAAAAUCCACGGAGUUUGAGCACGAAGAGUUAUUACUACGGCUGACAGGAGGAAGGGGGGGUUGUCCCGCGCGAGGGGCGGCCCCCGUCCUUGAGCCCGGUACCGGAAGUGAGCACGCGGAAGUACUGCUUUUAAUCGAGAGACCGAUUUUCUAACGGCGUGCGAAGCCGCUGUAAAAGACAAAACGUUCGAUAUUAACGGGUGAUACUCGUUAUCGAUCGAAAUCGUUGUUUCCUCGAGCGAAAGUCAAGAGAUCUUCGUCCUGGUACCGGAAAUGAGCAUGUGAAGGUGACGCAUUUUUUUUUUUUUCAUUUCUUAUUUUUACUUUUUUUCCAACUCUUGGAAUUCUCGAGCAAAAAAUUCGAUUUCACACGAGAGAGAAGCAGAAUGAGAAGAGAAGGAGAGAGAAAGAGAGAGAGAAAAUCGUGCUACGAUUUCGUUUCCUGAGAUUAUUUCAAUUGCAAAUUUUCGAGAGGGAUAUUCGUGGUCGUAUGCUUUCAGUGCAGGAAGCGAUGUAUUUGAUCCCUAUAAAUCAAUAGCACGAAACGAAUGGAAAUUUAGUUGGAACCUGAGCGUUGGAAGUGGACAAACUUGUUAUCUCUCGCUGUGAAAUCGUUUCACGCGUGCCUGUACCCGACACCGGAAGCGAAUGAGAGCUCGGCCAACGAAGCGGGAAAUCUAACGAGAGCGUUAUAAAUACAUCGUCGAGGGUUUCGAACUAUUUCUAUAGAAAUUCUGAGAAAUAUCUCGAAAAUACCCCCGAUCGAACAGAGAUAUUAAGAGAACUUCUAUUGUUUGUUGAAGAUGAUAUUGUUUUUUCAUAAGAAACUGCGAUUAUAUAAGGCUGGAUAAUCGAAAGUAUAAAUAUGUUGAAUGUAAACGAAGAAAAUAAGAAAGUUUAUAGAGGCAGUGUUCGUUCUUGCGACCAAUAUCGGAAAUAAAUAUCUACGACAUCGUCGAAGAUGUGUAAGAUGAUUAAUUGAUUGUAAUUAGAUUUUGAUAUCUGAACGAUAGAAUUUAUUGGAGAAGUAUUAUGAAAUAUGAAAGAUAAAGAAUGAAAUAAUAAUCGAUAUUAAAAAUAAAAAGAGAAUUCUUGUUAAUUAUUAAAUUCUGAUGUGUUUGAUUUUUCUGCGAUAUUUUUCGAUGAUUAGAAAUCUUAAUAAUUGAAAUUUAAGUUGAUUUAUUUAAAAAUUUAUGCAAAAAAAGAUGCGAUUUGUUAAAAUUAAAAAUAUAUAACAAUUUUCAGUCAAAUUUUGUAUAUGAAUUCAAAAAUAUAUUGGAAGAACGAGAUUGAAAUAUAAAAAUUGAAUGAAAAUGAAAUGAAAAGAAAGUAUCACUGCCUAUCAAACAGUAGCAACAAUAACAAUAAAUAUCUGCGAGAGAAGCGGAUCGAUAUCCUAUAUAUACAUACAAUAAUUUAUUGUGAAAAAUCACUUUUUUCCAACGAAAAUCACGCACACAUUUCUUUAAAAAGAAAAAAAAAAGAGAGAGAGAAAAUAAUACAUAUCUGCACAAACAAAUUGUGUACAGCAAUAAAUAAUCGUAAUUCUUUCCAUUUAAAAGAUUAUUAUUUUUCGUCGAAAGAUCGAGAAGACUGUUUAAACAAAAUCUAUCACUGCCUAGUCGAUGAGAAAAAGACAUACGGGUCUUUUGUUACGAACCAAAUUUUCUUAAAUUUUCCUCAAAUCGAGCUAUGUCAUUGAUUGUGAUGUUUGCUCACACACUGUAGAAACAAAUAUUAAUAAUGUGGUUUCCUUGAUAAUAAUUUUUUUAAUAUAAAUUUUGAAUAUUUAUCUUAUUGAAAAAAAAUAUAUGUGGCUCGAAAUAUAAUUUAUAUUUAAAUAUUUUAUAAAUGUAAUUUAAAAAAUGCAUAAAAAUAUAUUGUUCAAUUUUAACUUGAAUUAAAACAAUUGUUAACGUUUUAUAAAAAAUAAAAUAACUGGAAAAAUAGUAUUUUGAAUUUUCUAUUAAUUUUAAAAUUUAAAAGUAAUUGAGCUACACAUAUUAUCAAUCAGGCAUUCAAAACAUUAAUUGGUAAUAUUGUUCAAAUUUCUCUCGAUUGAAACUCAUUGUUAGAACCGGAACGAAUAGUCACCGAUUGAAAGAAAUAAUAUUGCAUUUGAUGGACGAACGAAAAACGACACGAUCGAACGAGACGAAUCGACGAUCGAUCGAUCUUCCUAAAAUCUAACCUGAAAAAUCUCUAAAAACUAUAAAAAAAACCAAAAAAAAAACAAAAAAAAUAAAUAAAUAAACACAUAAAAAGACAAAAAAGGAACAAAAGCAAUGGAUCGAAUGCCUAAUUUCGAUUGAAAUUCAUUGAAAUUGGUAUUCGUUAUGGUGGUUUAACCAUAUUAGCCUUAAGGAAACAGGAAAUCGAUCGAUCUCAACGAAAUUACAGCGGUUUUGUGUAUCGAGUACACGCAACCAAAAAA